AUGUCGUCCUCCGACGAGGACGCCAUCCGGCGCCCUGGCCGCAAUGCCAAUGCUGGCGCUCAAAGCCCUGCCCCGAGCGACGCGAAUGACGCGAACGACGACAACAAGGACCUGUUCGGUGACGACCAGAUGGAUGGAGACAAUGAUGCCGAUCUGUUCGGCUCAGAGGGUGGAUCAGAUGCUGGACUCGACGACAAGUACGUAUGCUAUCCUUCUCUGCAGUGCUCUCAGCAAGAGCGCGCGCAACAAGAUGCUAAGAAGUACCCAAGCCGAGCUCGGCGCACUCUAGAUGACGAACGACUGGACUCCGGAGAUGACGAGGGCCGCUAUGACCGAUACGGAGAAGAUAUGGAUAUGGGCGAAGACGAGGAAGUCCGUCGUACUCUCAAUCUCAUGGACGUGACCCUGGCGCGGGCGCCAGUGCCAGAGACAACCGAUGGUCAGAUCUACACCAUGCGCGUACCGGAAUUCCUCAACAUCGAAGCUGAAGAGUUCAAUCCCGAAACCUAUGUCGCUCCUCCCUUCUCGACCGCCGCCACUUCGCUCUGCUGGCGACAAGAUCCAAAUGACGAGUCUAAGUUGCAGUCCAAUGCCCGCUUCAUUCAAUGGGAGGAUGGCUCCGUCACACUCCAGCUGGCGUCCGCUCCGCUGGAGCAAUACCGUACCUCCAUCAAGCCUCUCGCACCUCUUGACAAUUCCGACGACUACGUCUCGAAGCUGGAUUCUCACGUUUACCUGGGAUCCGCAAUGGAGACCGCCGAGGUGUUCCAAUUGACUUCUCACGUCACUCACGGCUUGACCAUCCUUCCCACUACUAACGAAACCGAUGAUGCAGUUCAGAAGUUGCAGGAAUCCCUGUUCGCAGCCGCCAGAGGCAGCAAGAAGACCGCUGAUGGCACUGUUCCUAUCUUUGAAACCAUGGAGGAUCCCAUGGCGGCCGCACGCAAGGCAGAGAUUGCCCAGAGAGAGGAACUCCGAGCUGAGCGCCGACGCCAGCAGAUGGCCGAUAGGGAAGCUGACCGUGGCCGCCGUGGGCCCACCUCGCGCUCCAUGGGCACUGGUCUAAAUGUCGGCUCUCUCGAAGAUGGCUUGUCUACUCGCCCUCGUGCCAAGCCUCGUCGGCAGAACCGCCGGGGCGAGAUAUAUUCCGAUGAAGAGGAAUAUGGCCGCAAUCACCGUACCCGCGAGGAUGAUUACGAUGAGGAUGAUGGAUUCCUGGUCGGUAGCGAUGAGGAGAUCGAAGAGGAAGGUGAUGAUGAGGACGAGGAGGAUGUUCUCGAGGACGAUGAGGAGGAUGCUGAGGGUGAGGUAGAUGAUGAGGUUGCUCCGUCCAAGUCGGCGCGCAGCAAGCCCUCCGAGCCUGAGCGUACGGGCACUCCGCAGCAACGUAAGAAGAACCGUUAUGUGGUGGAUGACGACGAUGAUGAGUGA